UACCGGUUUAUAUAUAAAAUAAUACCUUUUAAGAAAAGGCCGUUUUUACCUUUUAUUAAGAAAUAUAAUAAUAAUUAUUUUAUAUCGGUUAAGCUAAGUAUUUCGUAUUAUUAUAAAAUUUUUUUAAAAUAA